AUGCUUACCCCAAGAGUGAGACUUUUAUUGAUAAGGCGGCUGAUUACUGUUGGGCCUAUUGUAACUCCUUUGCGACAUACUAUUACCAGGAAGUACUCAACUAACGGCACUAAAUUGCUCGAAGAUGAAGCACUGAAAGAUAAUGGUGCAAAGAAUGAAAAGGGGCCUGCUACUUCCAACUCACCUGUAGAUACUAAGCCAUGGUAUUUGUCUAUGGUUGACAGAGACAUUUCUCAGAAUCUGUCUGCAGUCGAGAAUGAAUAUAUUAACUUGCCCGAUGAAUCACCGGAAUCACUACUCAAGAUCACAAAGUAUUUAAAAGGUGAAAUGGGACUAAAAGAUAUCUUGAUAUUUGAUCUCAAAGAAAAAAAAAGUGGUGAUUAUAAUACCGCAGUAACCAAGAUAAGUGAUUUUGUUAUCAUUGCAACGGCUAGAUCAGCAAAGCAUUGCCAAAGUACAUUUGUUCAACUGAAUGCUAUGCUGAAACAAACAUUUAAAUCAGUCGCAUAUGUAGAAGGUAAUGUAAAUUCCAAAGAGGAAAGGAAAAAAUUCAAAAGAAUGGCCAGAAAAUCUAAUUUAGGUAAAUCUUGGGGAGCAAACUCGGGAACAACUUCAACAGGAUUUGCAAAAGAUUCAGAAGCAUGGUUUAUGAUAGACUGCAAUGUGGAUAAAAUUUUUGUAAAUAUUUUAACUGAGAGAAGACGUGGUGAAUUAAAUCUAGAAGAAUUAUAUGCACCAGAGAGUGAAAGAGAUAAAUAUCAAUUACGCCAAAAGUCAACAGCUACUCAACCUAAAGACGAUAAUCUAUUACAAGUUGGUGAAGAAAAUAAUGUUCUUUCAGGAUUGAGACGUUUAGCAUACCAGAGAAGACAGUACUCAACAUCGUCGCCAAUAAACACUGAACCUACAAAGGAACAUUUCAAAGAUUUUUUGAAAAAGGCUUUAAAUGAAAAAAAUUUCGAAGAAGCUCAUAGUAUAAUUAAACAGAGUCAAGAGCUAGAAUCCCUGUCGUUGUUACAAACCAUCACUGAUUCUUUGGCCAAUGUUAAUGUUACGACAGACGCUAUAAAUGAAAUAGAUAAAUGGCAAGACAUAUUUGAAUAUUGUUGGCCACUACCUUUACCCAUGGAAACAUCAUUUCAAUACUGGUCAUUGAGAAUGAAAUUUCUUAAAAUGUUAAAUGUUGCAAAUCCACAGCUAUACCCGUGUUCCAAGAUUAUCGAUGAUUAUCUUAUAAGAAAAAAAACAAGCGGAUUUUACCUAAGUAGCGAUGAUCUGUUGCAAUAUUUGCAGUUGGUAAAGAUAAAUUUGAAUCUAAUUCAAGGUGGGAAUUAUUGGGAUUUAUUAAAAAGUAACGAAAACAUAGUAAAAGCUUUAAAAGUUUUUAACGAAUUGAAUUUAGCGAAUGAUCAUAUAAUCGUAUCAAUGUUGUUGAAACUCAUGGUAAUGGAAAAUAAUACAUCUAUCAAACUGCAUUCACUAUAUGAGGUUAUUGAUUUUUUAUGUUGCCAAAGAGAUAAUUUAAGCAGUAAUGUUAUUGUAGCAGUUCUAGAAACAUUAGCGUCAGUUAAGGAUUGGAAUAAAUUUUUCCAGUUUUGGGAAGUAGGAAUCAAAGGCGUGGUUCCUGGACAAGAUUAUAGACCAUGGAGUAAAUUCAUAAGAAUAAUACUUAACUCAAACGACAUUGAAUUAAUGCAAAAACUAAUAGAAGAAGGCCAUCUUUUAUGGAUAAAGAGGAAUGAGGUGGAGAUUACGAAUGAUUUAAUUGAACAAUUGCGUAAAUUGUUCCGAAGGACUGAUUACGAUCUGAAAUCAUAUUUAGAUAUUUAA